AUGGCACCCUCUUUCGUGACCAUUGAUACCAGCGACGACUUCGACAUGCCGACUCCAACCAGGCCCGUCGAUGCCCCGCGCACUCUCCUCCUCGCACCCCCCUCCAUCGCCGCCCACGAGGAGAAACUCCACGCCCUCUUCACAACCUUCGACCGCCAAUCCACAGACCUGCAAAUGCUAGAUCGCCUCUCUGCAGGCAUCGUCCCCCUCCCACCAUCCACAUACACCCACGUCCUCGUCCUAACCGACACCGAUGGCUCACGGCGAUCAGAGGCCCUCCAACUCCUCACCAGAGACGUAUACACCGCCCUCGUACCCGCCAUGAAGCCCGGCGCAAAGCUGGCAACCCAAGAUAAGCCGCUGACGGCUGCGGACUCGAUGGAGGCUAUCAUGGCGGGACUUGUGCAGAACGAGGCUGGAUUUGAGAAGCCCAAUUUCGAGCAGGCGUCGGCUGUUCCACUGAAGUUGGGUGGAAGGAAGAAGAAGGCUGCUGCUGCUACUGCGCCGACGGGUAUAUUUAGUGGGUUUACGACGAAUGCUGGUGAUGAAGUUAAGAUUGAUUUGGAGGAUAAUGAGGAGUUGAUUAAUGAGGACUCGCUCCUUGAUGAGGAGGAUUUCACGAGACCCAUUAUGCCCCCCCCAGAGUGUCAACCCAAGACUGGUCGCAGGCGGCGCGCCUGCAAGGAUUGCACAUGCGGUCUCGCAGACCGCCUCGAGGCCGAGGAUAAGGAGCGCCGGGCAAACGCCGAUAAGAAUCUGAACGUGCUAAAGCUGCAGUCAGACGAUCUGACCGAGUUGGAUUUCACCGUGGAGGGCAAGACGACCGGUUCAUGCGGUAGCUGUGCCCUGGGCGAUGCUUUCCGCUGCGCCGGCUGCCCAUACCUCGGUCUGCCUGCCUUUAAGCCUGGCCAGGAGGUCCAGAUCUUGAACGAUGUUGCCCAGUUGUAA